ACCUUUCUUCUGUUGAAUUGCUUCACACUGUGUGUGCAUGCGUGCAACAGAUGCUGUAGUCUUGUUUUUCACAUUUAAAAAUUGUAAGAGAGCCACACCGAGAGAGUUGUCCUUCAUUAAAGCUUUAGUGCCAUGGGAAAUAAUACGACAUCAGGGGACUCUAGAUGUCCACUAUUUGCUGACUCUCAAACCCUAUAUUUAAUAUUCGGGGCUCUCGGCACAAUGCUGCUCCUCUCACUAUUUUGGAAUAUUUUUUGCUGUGUAUCAAGAUGUUCCUCAGGAAAAUGUCAAGGAAGGAACAAACGAAGGCAUGGCCCAAGGCAGAUGGAAGAGAAUCCUAUUUAUGGAAACAUAAGCUACAUGCAGACAAGCAUGACUGUGUUCACCGAAGCCGAUCCUUCACACUCGAGAGAUCAGCACAGACCCAAUUAUGCCUCACAGCCCAAAACCCAGGACUGCUACGCCAACCUGACCCUGAAGGCUCCCAGGGUGCAGUCUGGCCGCAGCUCUCCACAGAUACAGUACUCAGACGUGGUUCAUUUAGAGGAGACGGCAGAGUCAGAGAAGGAAGACGAAGGCAACACAGAUGCCCAGUCCACCGUGUCUGAUCUGUAUGCUUCUGUGCAAAAUCAGCGCACCAAAAUCGUUGACACCGCAGACACGGGAGAAGGCUACGCCAACCACCUCUAAGAGAAGCUUGACAUCCACAUGUAGUCUCUGUGCAACUUGACCUUCCUCCACAGGAUGGCACUCUUUGUUGUUUGUCUUUACAUGAAAAAUUACAACCCUCCUGCACUGUGAAUGCCAUACCUCUCAUUUAAUGCAUUUAAGUGUUGCUAAUGUAAUUGCAGCUGUAUCUUCUGUAUACUUACAUUAUUUGUUCUAUAUUAAAUCACACAGGUAUUAAUUAAUCAUAUGAUCUUUACUGAAAUAAACCCAUGAACAGUUAAAUAAAUAUCCUGCUUUGAAUAAUAA